UCGAUAAAGAUGGCGACAGCGAGAGACACCGAAGAUAAAAUUAUAUGUAUUAUCGCUAAUAAAAACAAGAAAUGUUUAUUCAGAUAGGUGCAGAAAGGAUACCUUUAUAACAAAGAAAGCUAUUCGCUCAUGCUGUUGCACUUUGUUUUUAACUUAAAGGACCGUGUGCGCAAGCGAUUUGUUUUCAGAGGAGCUCCACAGUUCUAUGUCAAGUUAGCAGUGUUGGCUAGCUAGCCUGAUUGGAUCUCAAUCGCUUAUGAAUUUCUAGGAUCAGGACGAAUGUCGUUGGACUGCAAAUCGAUUUUACGAGGGAUUGAAUUUUCUUCAAAUUGUUCAUGAACCGAUUGGACAACAUCGUCUAGUUUACGUUUGGAAUAUAGCCAUUCAACUGGCCCCGUGACACGGAGAGUGUCGAUUCGGAGUGACUGACCGUCAUGUAUUUUUUAACUGGCUGGCCCCGGAGGCUACUUUGUCCACUGAAAAGUGAAGAGGAACCGUUUCACAUUCAGCCCAACUCCCAGAGGUUUUACUUCGCUGUGUUGUCAGAGACUCAACUAAGCGUCUGGUUUAGUCGGCCCAGUGUUCUGAUAGUGAGCUACAUAGAGUCAGUGAAGGCAGCAGCCCAGUUUGGCUUCUAUCAGCAGGCCGAAUGGAAGCCGGACGAUUCCAUGAUAGCAGUGGCGGCUGCCAAUGGCUACAUCCUCAUGUUUGACGUGGUGGGAGGAGGAGAGGACAAGUAUCUUUACGAGCCAGUCUAUCCCAAAGGGAGUCCGCGUGUCAAGGUCACCCCAGGUUAUAAAGAAGAGCAGUGUGCCCCCGCUCUCAGCCUGGAGAUGAAGAGACCCAUAGACCUGGAGGCUCCCAUCACCAGUAUUAAGUCGCUUCAGGAGGACUUGUUGGUGUCUACAGCUGAUGGCUACCUCCACAUCCUCCACUGGGACGGAGUCAGCAACGGCAGGAAGGCCAUCAGUCUCUGCACCGUCCCCUUCUCCCUGGACCUGCAGUCAGCACGUGGUGGUCCGUCUCUGGACCUGCAGGGGGUGUACAUCAGAGACAUGGAGUACUGUGUGACUCUGGAUGGCUUUGCUGUGGUGCUUGACGAUGGGAGGCUGGGAUUCAUCAGUCCUGUAGCCAGCAGGUUUACUGCAGACCAACUGCAGGGCGUCUGGGCUGCAGAUGUAACAGAUGGCACGUGUGUGGCGGUCAACAAUAAGUACAGGCUGAUGGCGUUUGGUUGUGCCAGUGGUUCAGUAUUGGUGUACAUGAUUGACACCACUACAGGAUCCAUGCAGCUCUCCCACAAGCUGGAGCUCACCCCAAAACACUUCCCCGACGUGUGGAACAAGACAGGCGCGGUGAAGCUGAUCCGCUGGUCCCCCGACUACAGCGUUGCCAUGGUGACCUGGGAGUGCGGGGGGCUGUCUUUAUGGAGUGUGUUCGGAGCACACCUCAUCUGUACGCUCGGGGAGGACUUUGCGUAUCGGUCAGACGGCACUAAGAAGGAUCCUAUAAAGAUCAGCUCUAUGUGCUGGGGAGCAGAAGGCUACCACCUGUGGGUCAUCACCAGUAAAGAGGAGGCGGAGCUUGUAGAGAACAUGGAGGAGGCUCCACCCCCUACCCAGACCCAGCAGGCGGGCAUACUGCAGUUCCACUUCAUCAAAAGCGCCCUCACCGUUAACCCCUGCACGAGUAACCAGGAGCAGGUGUUACUACAUGGGGAGGACCGUCUGUACCUGACCUGUGGUGACCCCACCCAGGUCCCAUCCAGCAGCUCAGAUGGCCCCCACACCCCUCACCCCCAUAACCUCGCCCAUGGCCAGGAGGGCAGUCCUCUUCACCACCCCUCCGCCCCCUCACCCAACUCUAUCUCUCAGGGACUCAGCACUUUACUGGGACACAAGCACUGGCAUGUGGUCCAGAUUCACAACACAUACCUAGAGAGCAAUUGGCCUAUACGGUUUGCAGCCAUAGACACAGCAGGCCAGUGCAUAGCGGUAGCAGGGAGACGAGGAUUUGCACAUUACUCCAUGUCCACCAGGAAAUGGAAGCUGUUUGGAAACAUCACUCAGGAGCAGAACAUGACCGUGACAGGGGGGCUGGCCUGGUGGAAUGACUUUGUCGUUGUUGCCUGUUACAAUUUCAUCGACCAGCAAGAAGAGCUGCGUCUGUACCUUCGGUCGUCCAACCUGGACAAUGCCUUCGCCUCCAUCACUAAGCUGCACUCUGACACUCUGCUGCUCAACGUGUUCAGAGACAUGAUCAUCCUCUUCAGAGCAGACUGCUCUAUCUGCCUCUACAGCAUCGAGAGGAGGCACGACGGGCCCAACCCGUCAGCCAGUGUUGAGCUGCUUCAGGAGGUGUCUAUGUCCCGCUACAUCCCCCAUCCUGCCCUGGUGGUGUCUGUCACCCUCACCUCGGUACGCACAGAGACCGGCAUCACGCUUAAAGCCCCACAGCAGGCCUGUAUGGCAGAGAGCAUCAUGCUGAACCUGGCUGGCCAACUCAUCAUGCUACAGAGAGACCGUUCUGGACCGCAGGUACGAGAGAGGGAAGACCAGAAGAAACUGCUGCCUUUCUGUCCUCCCGUGGUUCUGGCUCAGUGUGUAGAGAACGUGUGGACGACGUGUCGUAGUAACAGGAAGAAGCGCCACCUGCUGGAGGCUCUGUGGCUGUCCUGUGGCGAGGCCGGGAUGAAGGUGUGGCUGCCCCUGUUCCCGCGUGACAACCGUAAGCCCCAAUCGUUCCUGUCCCGGCGCAUCAUGCUCCCCUUCCACAUCAACAUCUACCCCCUGGCCGUGCUGUUUGAAGACGCCCUGGUGCUGGGGGCAUCUAAUGAGACCGUGCUCUACGACGGCCUGCAGGGUCCCAGAGAGGGCCGGGAGCCUCUUGAGGCGAUGUUCCCUUACUGCACGGUGGAGAGGACCUCCCAGAUCUACCUCCACCACAUCCUGCGGCAGCUGCUAGUGCGUAACCUGGGAGAGCAGGCCCUGCUCCUGGCCCAGUCCUGCGCAGCUCUCCCCUACUUCCCCCACGUCAUGGAGCUCAUGGUCCACGUGGUGCUGGAGGAGGAGGCCACAUCCCGGGAGCCCAUCCCCGACCCGCUGCUGCCCACCGUGGCCAAAUUCAUCACCGAGUUCCCCCUGUUCCUCCAGACCAUCGUGCACUGCGCCAGGAAGACUGAGUACGCCCUUUGGAACUACCUGUUUGCUGCCGUGGGAAACCCCAAGGAUCUGUUUGAGGAGUGUCUGAUGGCUCAGGACCUGGACACAGCAGCAUCCUAUCUCAUCAUACUACAGAACAUGGAGGUUCCAGCGGUGAGCAGGCAGCACGCUACACUGCUCUUCAACACGGCUCUGGAGCAGGGCAAGUGGGACCUCUGUCGUCACAUGAUCCGAUUCCUCAAGGCCAUUGGCUCUGGGGAGAUGGAGACCCCGCCUCCAACACCAACCACUCAGGAACCCAGUUCAACGGGAGGCUUUGAGUUCUUCAGGAACCGCAGCAUCAGUCUGUCCCAGUCAGCUGACAGCAUCGCUGCUGGGAAGUUUAACCUACAGAAGACCUUCAGCAUGCCCUCUGGGCCCUCUGCUAAAGGGUCUGAGCGAUGGAGUAAGGACAGUGACUGUGCUGAGAACAUGUACAUAGACAUGAUGUUAUGGCGUCACGCCCGACAUCUCCUAGAGCAGGUCCGCCUCAAAGACCUGGGCUGUUUCUCGGCCCAGCUGGGCUUCGAGCUGAUUGGCUGGCUGUGCCGUGAGCGCACGCGGGUAGCGCGGGUUGAUGACUUUGUCAUGGCGCUGAAGUGUCUCCACAAGGACUUCCUGUGGCCGUUUCCUGUCAUCCCAGCAUGCUCGAUCAACUCACCCUUCAAGAAUGGACAUCGCAGGACGGUGCUGAGCCAGCGGCUGCUAAAGUCCCAGUCAGCAGACAGCCUGUUGAACAGUGACAUGGACACAGCGCCCCCGCAGGCCUCAGCCUGCAACAGCAACCACACCUGGCUGGACGGUCUGGGGGCACAACCUAAAGAGAUGGACACAACCUCUUCCCACGGGGGGCCACAGACACAAGAGGCCUUCCUCUCUCCACUCACCAACAAAACGGAGGAGUGCAGUAUCGGUUCGGCCACAGACCUGACAGAGACCAGCAGCAUGGUGGAUGGAGACUGGACCAUGGUGGAUGAGAACUUCUCCACUCUGAGUCUGACCCAGUCUGAGCUGGAACACAUCUCCAUGGAGCUGGCUAACAAGGGGCCUCACAAGUCCCAGGUCCAGCUACGCUACCUGCUGCAUGUGUUCAUGGAGGCGGGCUGUCUGGAGUGGUGUGUUGUGAUUGGUCUGAUCCUGAGAGAGGCCACGGUCAUCAAGCAGGUGGUCAACUUCCUGGACAGCCCAGAGGUUCCUCCUGAGACCGUCCAAAGUAUCCGCUCCGGCCUGCUGGGAGUUGAUGCGUGGGCCUCCACAGACUGCCUGGGCUAUAAACCAUUCCUGAACCUGAUCCGGCCCCAGCUGCAGAAGCUAAUAGAGACUGCUGUGGAGCAGGUCCAGCCUGAAGCCUUCCAGCCAGGGGCUUCCAACCCCAACUCCAAGCUGGCUGAGCCCCAGCCUGGAGGCCCCAGGGCAGAGGACAGUAGAGGGCCUGCUCCCUUGGGUCUGACCCUGCCCUUGGAGCCCUCUGGAGGGUUAGUGACAGAGGACGGAGGAGCUCCUGAGGAGCAGGAGGAGCAGGCGGCGGACGAGGGGGCGUAUGACUGCACCCUGUCCUGACGUGCCCUGUCCUGACCUGGGUCGUGUUCAUUAGCCACCAAAUGGGCUGGAACAGGGAGGGACUACAUAAAACGUUUUUGCUACGGUGUGUGCCCUACUGAAUACAGCCCUGUCAUAACCUCUGACCUUGCUGGGCAGGUGAAGGGGUGUGUGAUGGGACACAGGACGAGAAAGAGGAGGAGCAGGCGGAAGUGGAGAGACACACAGGGAGCCUCAAAGACGGAACACUGCAUUGUGGGUCUGGAACCAGUUUGUUGGCUGAUGUGGACCCAGAUAUUUUGCAUCGACCAUAAGUGUGUGUGUGUGCUUGUUUAUGUGAGGCUUUUGUGUGCGUUACUAUACUUUGGGUGUAAAAUAUUUGGAAGCCUCAAACGCAAGAGGAAGCUCUCUAUUUGUUUCUCUCCUGUCCGGAUAUUCAUCCAUCCCAUUGCUGGAGCAGGGUCUGUCUGAGUGGGCUUCUUCUGUGGUUAAGAGUGUCAGUAUUAUUCACUUGAUUAUGGACUUGAGUCACUGCAGACGACGCUUGCCAGGACACAGCCAAUUCAUAACACCCAUUCAAAAACAAAGGCUUACCUAAGAUAUAGAUACUGUACGACAGGUGGUUCAAACCUCUACUCCCCAUGUAUUUAAAAAAAAGAAUUUGAUCACAGACCAAGGUUUUGCAGAUUAUGAGUUUGGGCUAGUCAGGCUUUAUUCCGGGAUUAAGUGUUCAAGCACAAAGCAGGUAGUUUGUGUUGCAAUUUUGCUUUUUACCAAAAAUGUGCUUUUCAGAUCAGAGAAUUGCUCGCUGUCUGUCUGUGUUGCAUUCUGGAUUGUGGUCUCGGCUCGGCUUUAGUGUCUGUUUAGAUAGAAAUGUAUACUGCUCGGCUGGCUUUUCUGUGUGAAGUGGUGUGAGCCACGUGCUGUUAGGGACGUGUUAGGGAUGAACAAAAAGCAUAUGUGAUAUUCUCAGACAGACCUGUCACAUAUUAACCUUUUAUUGACGGCCAUUUCACGUAACUGAACAGUAAACCUUUAUAUUUUUUCACAGUUUGUACAAACGUCUAUUGUACUUUGUUGUGGAGUAAGUUCAAAUAUAACUUUGGUACUUUUGGCAAGAAAUCGCCCCUGAAACCAACCAACUGUGUGCUGGACAAGUUCUAAACUUUUUAUGAGAUGCAUGUGUUGAGCAAGGGGAGGAGUCUCGUAUUUUCAUACCUCAUACUGUACAGUGGAUUUUAAGAUAUUUUAUGAUACCUUUGUCAAUAAUGUGAUGGUAUUCUACAUCUAUAGCAUUCAUUUAGGAAAUGAUGUCCCCUUAUUACGAUGCUAGACUGGUGUGAGAAUGCUCUUGGUCAAGAGCGAAGACGUGUGUGUGAUGACCUGGAUUGGUCGUGUAUGUUGUUGACGAGGGCCUGAUAAGGCCUCAACCAGGGGCGGCAGGUAGCCUCAAGGUUAGAGCAUUGGGCCAGUAACCGAAAGGUUGCUGAUAUGAAUACCGGAACC